CUUUGGCCGGGCGCCUGGCGGGACAUCUGACGAUGACCACUUCGCAAUGAACCCAACCGGAACAACGACAACCACAACAGCUACCACCGUCAUCGCUCCGACUGAAGAUGUUCCGAUAUACUCGAGGGAACGCCUUGCCGGUCUCCACUCACACCUCGAUCUGGUUAAUGCUCUAACUCAUCUGGAAUCGAUCGAAUGCCAAGUUGACCAAUCACUUUCCAAGCUACUAUCUUCAUCAGAUAGGAUCGACUCUGCCCUCAAUACGAUUGGUGAAAUCGAACCGAUCGUCAGGGACCUUUCAGAAGAUGCUUCAGCUCUACACGAAGUCGUAAUCGAACGAGCUGAGGUCGCUGAGAGAAUAUCAAGCAAGGUUCGUGUGCUGGAUUUGGAACAAAGCCGAGUCAAAGAUUGUAUCGACCGCGUUCAAUCGGCCGCAGAGCUCAAGGAUGCAUUCCAUCAACUUUUUCAAGCCAUCGAAUAUGCUGAUUGGGAGGCCGCAACUCGGCAUGUCCAACGGGCUAAUGCAAUCGAUCGGGGCUUCCUCACCAGUCAUUUCGUGGAAGCCGUUGUGCCGACAGCUAAUAUCCCUGAACCGCCGGCCAUCGCAUUAGAAAACUUGAUCAUCCAGCUUACUGAAACCUUUCUCAAGUCUUUUAACGCGGCUGCUCAAGUGAAGGAUGAAGCUGCAACAACACGUUUCUUUAAACUAUUCCCACUCCUGGGACCAUCUGCAUCAGAAGCCGGCCUGGCGGCUUAUUCAGAUUUUGUUCGCACCCUGAUUUCUGUCCCAUCAUCGAUCACUAGGCCAACGGAUGGAGCCAAACCAGCAAGCAUCGUCAUCCAGCUUACCUCGAUUGUUGAACAGCUUGCUCUGAUCAUCGACCAACAUCAAGGUGUGGUUGAUAAAUAUUAUGGACCGCGGUCGAUGGUCACCGUAGCGUUGAAGUUGAACAAAGAACUAGAUCGCUUGAUGGGUCGAUUAAUAUCUGCAUGGGAAACCGAUCAACAGCUUAACCGCAAGCUUCUAAGCGUGCAGCGAUACUCCUUCGCGGCCCAAAACCAACUUCUUACCGCAAACAAUGUCUCCGGAUCUUCGAACCCUAUCAACUCCCCCGCUGCAUUGCACAGCUCCUUGCGCUCGCUUGCUGGCAACGUCCAGCGGACUUAUAACCUACCUCAGGGCUCUGCAUCCAGUCUUAAUUCAACUGCAGUGGCCUCACAUGACGAAGAUACGGAAGACCCUCGAGAGAUCGAUUUCCUGAUUGCUGAGUUGGCCGGGAUGAGUUCGCGAUGGCAAACAUACCGACGAUUUCUACACGUCAGGUUCGGUGAUGUUAACCUCAGUGAAGCGCAAGACAGACAAGAACGGUCGGAACAACCAGAAUCGCCUGUAUCACCCUCCACUAUUCCAAAAGAGCUGCAUGCCUCGCCGCCCGCGCAUGUCAGCAAACAAUUUGAGCAACUGGAGCAAACUGAGCUUAGCCGAAAGCUCAGUGAUUAUCUCGAACGGCUCUAUUUACCUCUCGAAUCGUGGUAUCUCAGAAUCAACAUUGAAAAGGCUCAUUCAGCUGAUGAGAUGGAUUUCAGUGCAUCGCCGUACCUUUCCUCUGCCCUGGACGAUACGUUCUACAUGACCAAAAAGGUGAUGCUGAGAUUGAUGAGCAUAGGAAGCGUAAAAUGCGUUCGGGCUGGUUUACUUAAGAUUGAAGAGAUCAUUCAAAGAGAUUUCGGGGAGGUUAUGAAGAGAAGAUUGGAAAGUGUGAGUUCUAAUCUAUCCGCUGGGACGAGUGUUGGAUUUGGGAUCAAAAUCAGCGAGGAGAAAGAAAAGAGAGAAAGAUCUGUUCGAAAUUCAUGUGUCGUAUAUUUGAAUAAUUUGAGUAUGGCUUCCGAAUACGUUGUUCGACUAAUCGACGAAGUCACCAACGGUCCAAUAAUUACCCAAAGCUUUUUCAUCCCAAUUGAAAUAAAUGAAGUCAAAUCCUGUAUGGGGGAGUUGCAAAGGCUUUCGAAAAAAUUGACUGGAAUUAAUAAGAGUGGUUUAGAGCAACUGUUUAAUCAAUUGAUUCGCUCCAAGAUUCGGUCAAUUCUAUCAGACUGUUAUAAGGACGUCACGUAUGUGUUAGACGAUCAAUCAUAUGCAGAAGCCGAGGUUCAAGAUCUUUUUCGGAAACGGUUUCAAAAGGCUUGGGAAUCGUUAAUGGAUCCUUAUCGGGACUCUAUGACUUCAGAAAACUUCAAAGAAUUAAUCGGGAUGACGGUGAAUGUGAUUGUAAGGACGUGGGAGAACAUGAUCAAGAACCAAAGAUUUAACGAACUAGGAUCAAUCAAAUUCGAUAAAGAUAUCCGAAGCAUCUCGUCGUUCUUAUCUAACCAAACCUCGUUUGGGAUCUCAUUAAUCAAUGAAUCGUUUAUCAGGUUGAAACAAAUCUCGUCUUUAUUGCUUAUUAAAAGUCUCGAGGAUCAUACUGAUGGUGAUCAUCAGAACGAGGAUGAUGAGCAGGUCUUGAAAGAUUUCCUCGUCGCUGAAGAUAUUAAUUGGCGAUUGAACAUCUCCGAAAUUAAAGCCGUUUUAGCUCAAAAAAUUUAGUCUACCCCUUUCCUUUCGUUUUUUUUUUUUUCCUUCCUUCAUUUUCAUUACUCUUGGUUUCAUCCUUUCCAUCUUCCAGCUUCUUUCCUUCUUUCUUGUGUGAAUCCACUUUGUUGUUCUUUUAAAUUCAGUUGAAUGAUAAUUCCAUAAUAGCAAUUGAAAAAUAGUGGGUUUUCCCUUUUCAUCUUCCCAGUCUGCAACAAAUGCAUAAUCCCGGAGUGUUUUCAGGGGAUAAA